AUGACUUUCAAUGCCAGAAGACUAAAUAAAGAAGAUUUAGAUUUACCAUGUCAGGAAUUGGCUAUAUAUUUACUGGGCAAAGUGUUGGUUCGAAAACUGGAAGACGAUACAAUAUUAAAAGGAAGAAUUGUGGAAACUGAGAGUUACUUAGGAGGAGAAGACAAAGCAUCCCAUUCAUUUAACGGCAGGCGAACGAGCUCCAACGAGCCCAUGUACAUGCCGGUAGGAACUUGUUACGUUUAUUUCACCUACGGGAUGUAUCACUGUUUCAACAUUUCAUCCAGAGAAUCCGGAGCGGCCGUUUUAUUAAGAGCCCUGGAACCUUUCCAGGGUGUAGAAAUUAUGGAGAAAUUCAGAUCCAACAGGAACAAAUCGAAGCAGGCGGUCCGUAAAAAAAUAAAAACAUCGAAAUUGUGCGAUGGUCCUUCGAAAUUGUGCAUAUCAUUCGACAUCACCAAAGAAAAUUCCAAUAAAAUCGAUCUGACCGAUCCGGAAAAUGAUUCUUUGUGGCUCGAAGACGAUCCGGAUCAUCCGGAUUGGGAUAGAAAAGAGAUGAAGAUCGUAAAAAGCGCGAGAAUUGGGAUAAAUAGAGCGGAAGAAUGGAAUUCGAAGCCUCUAAGAUUCUACGUUUUGAACAACGAGAGCGUCAGCAAAAGGGACAAAAUGGCCGAAAUGAUGAUCGAAAAUGAUGAAAAUGUCGAGUAA